GCCGGCAGUCCCGUUGUCCGCCAUACUUGCUCAGCAGCGCAGAGCUACGAACGCACUUACCGCAGAGGCUCCUGAAAUCACUACUGCUUUUAAUAUAAAGACAUGGCUGAGGAUGAGGUGACUCCGGAGCAGCUAGCAGCCAUUGCCGCCGAAAACGAGGAGCCGGAGCCGGUGAACUACAAGCCUCCAGCCCAAAAGAGCGUGAAAGAGAUCCAGGAACUGGAUAAGGAUGAUGAGAGCCUACGCAAAUAUAAGGAAGCCCUGCUUGGCUCUGGAGUUGCUGAAGUUGAUCCCACUGCUCCCAAUGUCCAGGUGACCCGGAUGUCUCUGAUCUGUGAAAGCGCCCCAAACCCUCUGGUCCUGGACCUGCAAGGAGACCUGGAAGCCUUUAAGAAGCAGGCCUUUGUGCUGAAGGAGGGAGUUGAAUACAAAAUAAAGAUCAGCUUUAAGGUGAACAGGGAGAUUGUUUCAGGUCUGAAGUAUGUGCAGCAGACAUACAGGAAAGGAAUGAAGAUUGAUAAAUCAGACUACAUGGUGGGCAGCUACGGGCCUCGUCCCGCCGAAUACGACUUCCUGACCACGAUGGAGGAGGCCCCUAAGGGUGUUCUGGCCCGCGGCAACUACGUCAUCAAAUCCAAGUUCACCGAUGACGACAAGCACGACCACCUGUCCUGGGAGUGGAACCUCAACAUCAAGAAAGACUGGAAAGACUAAAAGAGGCCUUUGUGUUGGGGGGCGAGGGAAACAAAUCCCUCAGCCCUGUGUGUUCCUCAGCACCCCCCCCCCCCCCCCCCCUCAUCCCUGCCCCGUGUCCCUCAUUUCUGCCUUGUUUGUCCUCUGUUGUGCAUUUCAUGCUCUCAUGCCUUAGUUCCCACCUUCGCUGUCUUAACACCUCAGCGUCCCUCCCACCUCUCUGUCCACAUCAGUAGCAGCAGCGGUAGCAGCAGUCCCCCAUCAACCCCAACCCCCCCACCCACUCACCCACGCCCUGCCCACCCGUCCGUCCGUCCAUCUCCUCCCUCCUUAAGGUUUCAUUGGUUGCACACCCGUUCACCAAUCUGCCAUCCUCACUCACUCACUCACUCACUCACUCACUCACUCACUCACUGAGCUGUGCCAUGUAGCACCUUACUCCCUCACACCCCAGCCCCUCCCCCGUUGUUUGUUUCUUUUGUCCCAGUCGUUUGCUGCUUGAAGAGAUUAACCCCCGCCUUCCACCUCUCCAGAAUGGUGUCUUCCUCUCUCAGUAUGAAGUACAUGUGGAAAAGCAACUGUACAAUCAACUUUUGUUUGCCUUUUUUAUAUAAUUGUAUCAAUGGUUGUGUAUUGUGACUGUAUUCACAUCACUGUUAAUCAGCUGUUGUGUUCAUAGCAGGCCCCACCACAUCCACCUGCCCCCCCCCCCCCCCCCCCCCCCCCCCUCCUCGCUACAUUCAGCAUUCCUUUGCUUGCCUACUUGCUUGCUGUCUUUUGAUAUAAUUACCAAUACCUGCCUUGUAAAAAAGAACAAUUCAUUCAGAGCUGCUCUACGCCGCCUCCCUCCCUUUCCCUAAAUGUAUUCACCCACUCCCCUUCAAAUAGGGACUGGGGCCAAAGUGAACAAGGGAGUAAAAAGUAUAGUAAGGGUAAAAAAGAAGCUGCCUUAUGUAUCGACUAAACUUCUUAAUGUCUAUCCUGUCCUGAGGAGGACAGGAGCUCUGCAGAAUUAGCAUGCCUUGUGUGUAUUUGCUAUCAGGUAGUCUGUAUAUCAAGGGCUCACUCUCGCUAUCAACUAAUAACCAUCUGUAGCCCUGUUGUAGUGGAGACUGUUUAUACAGGUUACUCAGAUACAGCUGUGCACACGCCCACUGCAUCCCAACAUAAAACAUUUCUUGUAGUUGCAGGGGACUGAAUGUUAAGAAUAGGAGAGGAAAAAAAAGAUACCAAACCCAUUUAAAAAAAAAUCAGUAUUGAUGAAUCUCGGCACUCCUUUUAGCCAUGAGGCCUUAUCACCAACUAUGAUCAUGUGGAGAAAAACAGCAACAAACAUUUCAAAUUGUGUCUUUUUUUUUCUUUUUUUUUGUGUUGUUCCCCCUUUGCCUUAAUGUACAUCAUCCCCCCCCUACAAAGCCCCCCCUUGCACGUUCAGAUUGCUUCAAACUCGUAGCCUGCAGUCAGGAGAUCCUUGUGUGGAGGAGUAGUACCAGAGAAAGCACAGGAGGAGGCUUGGCCAGGCACCGUCUGCUGCUGCCGGAGACCUCGGCGGUGUCUGACCUCACCCGCUAACUUCCAGAGCUGGUAGUGAAGAGAAAACUGACCAGGCCUUCAGCCUUUUUACCCAGUGACCCUCUCAGACAGAGACAACAGUGACAUAAAGAGUCAGGUGACACUACCAGAGAAACACAUGCUCAGUAUGUAAUGAGAGAGGAGGGUUUUAAAACUGACCAGUAACAUUAAAUUGAAAUCGACUCGUACUGUAAAAGAACAUAUGGAUGUAAAACUUUUUUUUUUUUCUUCUUCUGAUAUUGAAAACUAUGUAUUCCUGCUCCAUACAUUCCUUCACAUUGUACAGUUUCUAUGAAAACGCUGGCAUGCUGGUGGGGUUGUAUAUUCUAUCAUCAUUUGUGAUUGCUCUUCUCGGUCAAUAAAGAUUUUGCUCAA